GGACAAAACCUAAGCGGCCAGUGGCAAGGCGAUGGAAGGCUUCAUUUCUGUUGGCUCAAAAAUCUUGAAUUCAAAGGCAUCCAAUGAUCGAAUCAUCAAACUAUUUAGCGUUUGGCGCAUUAGCCGUCCGAAUGGAGUCGGACAUUUCCUAAGGAUUUUUAAAAUCCUGGGCAUCCCCACCCCAACCCCCAUUCCAUUACUUUAUUACUAGUAAAUUGAACAAAAUCAUCACUCUUUCAAACCAAAAGGAAAUCAGUCUUAGCUUGAUUUGGCUUAUUAACUACUGCCCGACUCCCCCUCUCUCUGUUCUUUUUUUGUUUGAAUCUUUUACCAGUAAAACUCAUCAAAAAAAGUUUUUUUUUUUUUGCAAUGAAGAGAUAUAGGAAUGGAGAAAUCUGGGACUUUGAGCACGAGGUGGCGGUGGCGACGAACAGGCAAGUGAUUUUAGGAUUGGACGGUGGAACCACUUCCACUGUCUGCAUUUGUAUGCCACUUAUGCCUUUCUCCGACGCCCUCCCUCACCCUCUUCCUGUUCUCGCCCGUGCCAUCGCAGGCUGCUCCAAUCAUAACAGCGUUGGCGAAACUGCUGCCAGAGAAACAUUGGAGCAAGUUAUGGCAGAUGUGCUUUCAAAAUCUGGUUAUAAUCGAUCUGCAGUUCGAGCUGUUUGUUUAGCAGUAUCUGGUGUUAACCAUCCUACAGACCAGCAAAGAAUAUUAACCUGGAUUGGAGACAUAUUUCCCAGCCAUGUAAAGCUCUAUGUACGAAAUGAUGCUGUGGCAGCUUUGGCUAGUGGGACAAUGGGUAAGCUCCAUGGUUGUGUACUAAUUGCUGGUACAGGAACCAUUGCAUAUGGAUUCACAGAAGAUGGCAGAGAAGCUCGAGCAGCUGGUGCAGGACCUGUCCUAGGUGAUUGGGGAAGUGGAUAUGGAAUAGCUGCACAGGCACUAACUGCUGUAAUUAGGGCUCAUGAUGGUCGUGGCGCACACACGAUGCUUCAAUCUACUAUUUUGCAAACACUUGGUCUUUCUUCUGCAGAUGAACUAAUUGGGUGGACCUAUGCAGAUCCAUCCUGGGCUCGAAUUGCAGCACUUGUUCCAGUUGUUGUCUCUUGUGCAGAGGCUGGUGAUGAAGUUGCGAAUAAGAUCUUGAAAGAGGCGGUUCAAGAGUUGGCUUUAAGUGUGAAAGCUGUUGUUCAGAGACUUGGCUUGUGUGGUGAAGAUGGAAAAAAUUCUUUUCCUCUUGUUAUGGUUGGCGGUGUUCUUGAAGCGAACCAGAGGUGGGACAUAGGAAGAGAAGUCAUGGACUCUAUCUCCAAGGACUACCCUGGGGCCCUUCCUAUUAGGCCUAAGGUGGAGCCUGCGAUUGGAGCAGCUUUGCUAGCUUGGAAUGAAUUCAUGAAAGAAUGUGUUCAAGACGCGUACAGAAGAUGAUCAGUCAUGAUUCAAAAUUCAAUUGUACAGCACAAGAAUAAAGUAAAAGGGAAACAAGUAGCAUGAAAUGAAAACUAUAUGGCAUUAAACAUAUUCUUUUGGUAUAGUAUUAGGCAUUGUAUGAGUCCAGUAUUGGUAAGUUGAUGUCGUACAGUAGAUUUCAUUGUCGAUUCCAGAAUUCUGAUAGCUACUUGUGUAACAGCUAUUCCCUGUCACGGUAUAAACAAUAUAAAUAGAAAUUACGGAAGAGCAGUGCAUUCCUGUAUUGCAAUGGCUAAUAUGAAGAUAAUGAUUUAUUUCAUAGGUAUUUCUUUUAAGAGUUAAUAUGUAAAUUGGUUCUUGAUUUAUAUCAUUUUUCAUGAUUUGGUAUCUAUAAAAAAAAAAAUUCACGA